AUGGGUGUUAUCAUCGAGGACAUCACCGACGAGCAGCCGGAGCAGCGCACGGACGAGGAGACGGCGGAACGCCCAGUGCCUCCGGAGUCCGGUGCGCCAUCCGAGGCAGCCGAGCGCGCGUCUGCCGGCAACGGCGGCGCCGCCUCCGCUGCCGAGCCCUCUGAUGCAGCCGCGAACGCGGAACAGGACGACAAAGCACGCGCGAGCCAGGAGGAGAUCCCGGAAGAGGGCCCGCUGACCAUCGCUCAGUGUCUGUUGCUCAAAGCGCGAGCGAACGACCUGUACAAGCAGAAGAUGUUCCGGGACGCUAUCGCCCUCUACACAAGGGCGGCGGACGCGUGCCCGGAGGAGAAUCGCGCCGAGAGGGCUGUGUUCCUGGCGAACCGCGCGGCGUGCCGCGUGUCCAUGGAAGACUGGGACGGCGUCGUCCUCGACUGCACAGCCGCCCUGGAGGCCGACGAGACGUACACCAAGGCCCGGCUGCGGCGCGCACUGGCGUACGAGUCCAUCGGGGAGCUGCACAAGGCGAUGGAGGACUACCAGGGGGUCAAGAAGGACCACCCGCAGGACCACACUGCGCACGCGGCGCUGUUGCGCCUCGAACCGGUCGUCAAGAAGAAGGACGAGGAGCUCAAGAACGAGAUGAUGGGCAAGCUCAAGGACCUCGGGAACAUGGUGCUGGGGAACUUCGGGCUCUCGACGGACAACUUCAAGCUCAACCAGACCGAGGGGGGGGGGUACAACAUCCAGUUCGUGCAGAACCCGGGGGGCGACGAGGAGGCCGCCGCGCCGACGCAGAACCAGGAGCAGCCUAGCUGGGAGUAG